AUGGGCAAAAAAUUUAAUCAUUCAGAAAUAUUUCCAAGUAACCCAAUGCUCGUGUGUAUAUGCGGUAGUUCCGGUUCUGGGAAAACUCAUCUCACUUUUAACAUGUUGACAACACCAAACCUUUUAGAUUUCAAUUCUUUGUAUAUCUACACAACAACACCAGAGCAAUCGUAUUAUCAAUCUCUCAAAGCUUUAGAAUAUUUACCAAAGAAAGAUGUUCAAGACCUAUUUCAUUAUUACGAAGGAAACGAAAAAGUGGAAAUAAAAGAUACAGAUAACUACAUCGAAGCAAAGAAUCCAACGGAUAUAAAAGUUUUUCUUACGAAAAAUGUUAAUGACCUAGACUUGACUAAUAUUGAUAGCAAUCGAAAGAACUUAAUAUUAUUUGACGACUGCGUAGCGCAAAGAAAUCAAGCUGUUCAACAAGAAUUCUUCACGAAAGGAAGACAUCACAACUGUCACUGCAUAUACCAAUCCAAAUCUUUUUACGGGACGGAUUCUAUGUUCAUUAGAAAAAAUGCAAAUUGUUUUUUAUUAUUUGAAUUAAACGAUUAA